AUGACGCUGCCCUACGCCUCCUACCCCGACAUAGUCGAGGACAUCCUCCGCCUCUCAGGCAGACACACCCUGCUCACAGCGCGGGGUACCUGCUCGACACUGCGAGACUGGGUCGACCGCGUCCUGACCGGCGAAACGCUCUUCUUCCGCUCGGUCGGUGGGCAGAUCGUAGUCUCCUCGCAACAGGGCGUAUGGGAGCCCGAUCUCCCGCCGCUACGAAACUGGCCCUCGCCUACCCGAACUACAUCCCGCAGUCCCAGCCGAAGCCGCGAAAGCAGCCGAACGAGGAGUCCUAGACGACACCGCAGCCCCUCUCCUUGGCGGCGGUACGUGCCCGCAAACCCGAGCGCCGUCGACCCGCCGGCUCCCGCCUCGCCCGCCGAGCCGGACGAGGAGCGCCUGCCGUGCUUUCACCCCACGGGCUCGCCUUCGGCUCGCGCAAAGGGUGUUUCGAGAGCCAAGGUUAUCGUGCUAGUCGACGUCCCCCCCUCGCCCGGACUUGAUGCAGUCCUGAGCCAUGCACCGGGGACUGCGCACAUCGUGAUCCUGCACGCGCAGCACGCGCCCGCGCCCGCGUACUCUAUUCCGAAAGUGAGCAAGCUCACGAUGAGCGUCACGCCGAACUGUCUCUGCGGGGCGCGACUGGGGAUCAAGGAAGUCGGGAAGAGAUGGGCGCGGCGGGCGCCUGCUUCUCUUCUGCCGUCUGAUGUCGAGGGCGUUGGUGGAGGAGCGGCUUGGUGGAAAGAGGGUCGGGUGAAUGGAGCAAAGGGGGGCUUGAACGACGGAGGCGGCGUGACGCCUGAACUGAGGCAUAGUGCGCAGACUGUGCAUGUGAGGUUGACGAGACUCAUUGCGGACCCGAUCCUGGCCCGCGCGUCCUACUCCCAGCUUUGUGCUGGACUCUCCGGCGCUCUGGGGCCAGAGACGACCGAGCUCGUACUGGAGCAGCAAGGCGUCAUGCCCGAACCGUUCUGGAAUCCCGCCUGUCUGAUUCCUCUGCCACCCCCGUCCCUCUCGAGGGCUCUCACCCCCAAGCCACCGCCCAUCUCUCCCUUAUCCCCGUCCUCGCCCAACUUCCCCCUAGACCCGGCGUCGAGCACCGACCCGCCCCCGGCUCUCAAGCUCAAGCGCGUGGAGAUCCUCGCCCGCGCCCUGCCCGAUUUUGAAGUCAGGAGUCUCGUCGAGCGCCUCCGUGCGCGCAUGCGCCGGACGGCAAGCCAGACAGAGGACCAUGCCGAGCUGCGGCGGCGCUUCGCGGCCUACCUCGGCCUGCCGAUCGAGAGCGUGCGGGCGCGAGAACUGCCCCGCUGCGAAUGGAAGAGGUUGCACGGGCAGCCGGCAGAGCCCUCGGGUCGAUGCGGGCACUGUGCCCCGCUCGCCUCGGGUCUGGAGGGUAUUCUCGUGUAA